AUGGCUAAGCCAACAAGUGAAACUCCAUUUAAAAUUCGUGAGAGUACACGAUUUUAUCCUUACUUUAAGGAUUGCAUUGGAGCUAUGGACGGUACACAUAUCCCAGCAAUGGUAGAGAAAAUAAAUGUAACCGUUUAUCGGAAUCGACAUGGAAUUACAUCUCAAAAUGUGUUAGCGGUUUGCAACUUCGACUUGGAGUUCAUAUACGUGCUCAGUGGAUGGGAAGGGUCUGCUCAUGAUUCGAAAAUACUUAACGACGCAAUGACAAAAAGAAAUAGACUGAAAAUACCGCAAGAAUGUCGUUCAGAUGAGUUUCCGGUCGAGGAAGAGGAAGAUAGACAUCCAUCAAUGCUUGUAAAUGACGAUGAAAUUUUGACACAACAAACUCAAGAACAACAACGUCAAGAAGCUAAUGCAUGGAGAAAGAGUAUAGCGGAUGAUAUAAUCUACAUGUUCUGUGAUUCCCAUUACCUUAAAGUCAAUCUAUACUUCUGUACCUUCACAAAAGAUAAUUUAAUUCAAUAUAAUCUUAUAAUGCUUGUCCAUGAAUGGAGUGGUGGUGUUGAUAUUGAUACCACAAAAGUGGUUAAUCAGAUGAGGAUGGUGUUGUCGAGUGAGCUUCAGGUUCUUAUGAAAAGCUCUGAAAAGAUGGUAACUACAUUGCACGCUGGGGCAGAGUAUGCUGGAGUUCCUGUACAGAACUGUGUGCUUAUUGUUGGAGGCCAAUAUGGUGUAUCUGAAUCUUAA